CUGUGCUUAAGGAAUACGCAAAAGCCGACUGUCAUUAAUUUUGCUUUCGUGCUUUCUGCUUUUUCUUUUCUUUUCUUUUCUUUUUAUUAUAUGUCGCAAUUAACGUGAAAAUAAAGCUCGAAUUGGUUGUGUUUUAGUUCGCGUGUUAAAUUUGUGCAAGUGAUCGCUAAUAAUUUAAAGAUUUCAAUGUGUGCGGUGUGCUUAAUAUUAACUAAAGUGCAAUAUUGCAAAAAAAAAAGAAGUUGCUAAUAAAAAGGGCAGCAGCAGGCGCAAUUGUUUAUUAAUGAACUUUGCUUGAAUACUUCAUAAUCUGUUGGCAAAGUAACAGAGAGCAGACGGACCGCAUGACACAUGGUAAAUGAUUUGCUCAAGCGAAUAUGAAGCAAAUUGAAAUCGCUUAAUUUAUUUGACAUGAAUUGAAAAUCAAGCCAAAUGGCAUUAAACCGCAUAUACACAUAGUGCACAAUUGGAAUUCAGGCAAAGGACUCGCAAUUAUGGCACGUCAAAACCGGAAAUGGUAAAGUGGCAAAGCGGAAAUGGCAGGCACCAAAAUGCAAAUUUCUAUAAAAAGGAAAUUAUAAAAAUAUUUUCCCAGUUGUUUGGCCAAAAGAAAAAAAAAAACGAAGCAAAUAUUUCUUUAACUGUGGCAACAGAAUUUGCACGUGGGUCGUUUGUCUGCGCUGUGCUCCCAGCUGAAUCCACUUGAAAGGACGCUACCCACUUGGGCCAAAAGGCUCGACGCCAAGGUGGGGCAAUUCAAGUGGAGCGUCUGGCGUAAAGUUUUUUGCAUUUUGCUGCUUCACGUUUUUUUUUUUUUAUAUUUUUUGGCCAAAUACUACAAAUAAGAAGUAGCUCUAUAUAUGCAGAGAGUGCGGCUUGUCGGCGACAGCAAGCGAAAGCUGUCAAGAUGAGACUGGAAAGCCUUUUGGUAGGCAUGUGGAGGAACUGUGUUAUUAUAUUUCCAAAUGGAUUCGCAAACGUCAACGCCUGGGACUGCUACUGUUAGUUUCAAAUUCUAUCAAAAGACUGUUGUUGAAGAACCCGAAUUUACUGAAUACAUCGAAAAUGUAACUGUACCUGCUGGACGAAAUGUCAAAUUGGGUUGCUCGGUUAAAAAUCUUGGCUCAUACAAGGUCGCUUGGAUGCACUUUGAACAAUCAGCCAUACUUACCGUGCACAAUCACGUGAUCACGCGCAAUCCGCGCAUCAGUGUCACGCACGACAAGCACGACAGACAUCGCACCUGGUACCUGCACAUCAAUAAUGUGCACGAGGAGGACAAGGGGCGCUACAUGUGCCAGAUCAAUACGGUGACGGCCAAAACGCAGUUCGGCUAUCUGAAUGUUGUGGUGCCACCAAAUAUCGAUGAUUCGCUGAGCUCCAGCGAUGUCAUCGUGCGCGAGGGCGCCAACAUUUCGCUGAGAUGUCGGGCCAGUGGCAGUCCCCGACCCAUUAUCAAAUGGAAACGUGAUGAUAAUUCGCGCAUAGCCAUCAAUAAGAAUCACAUAGUGAAUGAAUGGGAGGGCGACACGCUAGAGAUAACCCGCAUCUCACGCCUGGACAUGGGCGCCUAUCUCUGCAUUGCAUCCAAUGGCGUACCCCCAACGGUUUCGAAGCGCAUCAAAGUCAGCGUGGACUUUCCGCCCAUGUUGCUCAUUCCACAUCAGUUGGUUGGCGCUCCCGAAGGUUUCAAUGUUACCAUCGAAUGUUUUACGGAGGCGCAUCCGACAUCUUUGAAUUAUUGGACACGCGGCGAGGGACCAAUCAUACAUGAUUCGUAUAAAUACAAAGUCGAAUCAAGCGUCGGCGUGCCCGCUUACAAAACGCACAUGAAGCUGACUAUUAUAAAUGUCGGCAGCGGGGAUGAUGGCAUCUAUAAAUGCGUGGCCAAGAAUCCCAGAGGCGAAACGGAUGGCAUUAUACGAUUAUAUGUUUCUUAUCCGCCAACGACGGCCUCUUCGGGUCUGUACACAAGCGAGUCGCAUUGGGGCGAGGGCGGCAGCAAUAAUAUCGGCUAUGGCAAUUCCGAUGCAACGCGCUCCAAUUACGGUCAGGAUAAGAAUACGCGUUAUCAAUCGAAUUUGAAUGAAAUCGGUUUAUCAGAACAAAAAUCCUUCCUAGAUAAAACGCAGAAUGCGAUAACCGGAAAUGGCAAUUCCCCUGGCGCCGCCGUCGUCAGCAGCGCCGACAGCGACGCCAACUGCGCUGUCGCCAUAGCGUGGCUCGCUCUGCUGCCAACAUUGUUAAUAGCGGUGCGGGGAGAGGUUUGUGCAAGUUUUAGUUUAAGUAUAUGUUAACUUUGAGCUACAUAUCUACUUGAUGUAAGGCUUUCAUCUAGCAUAUGAACGAUAUAUAGAUAUAUAUACACUAUAUAACACAAGCUACUCGUAUAGCCCCUAGUCAACAAGACCGUAGUUAUGAUCCGCCCCCGAAACGAAGUACGCAACAAAGCCAAAUAGAGCUUGCUGCUUAAAUAAUGUGGCAACCCUGUGUGUGAACCUAACAAAUAUAUAUUAGCUUAUCAUAUAUAGUAAAUAUAUAUAAAUAUUUAUAUGUAUAGUUAAAAUUUAUAAACUUUCACAAGGGUAAACAAUUGCAAUUUAAUUUUGCUUCAAUGCUGUGCUUAAAGAUGAAAAGAUAAAACAAAAAAUUCAGUAUAUAACCAAUUUGAUGCACUCAAUUGGAGUCAAAGAGUUUUAAUAAUUAUAUGAUGAAUAUAUAUAUAUUUGUGCGUUAAACGCUGAUGGCAUUUUUAUACACACCCUCACACAAGCACACACACACACGCACCAGAUAGUUGUCAUACUUUUGCCUUAAGGUAUGCAACAUUAAAAUGCGAAUUAUACAAGUAUAUUGUUAGAGCAAAAACAACAACAUAUCGAGAGUAAAAAUCAUUUAAAUAAUAGUACAUAAAUAUAAAAAAGGAUGUUCGAUUGUGCAACUGUGUGUAUUUAGGUUUUUGGUGCACCCAAUUAUAAAUGCAUUUUUCAGUUGAAGCAAAGCUGUAGACUAUAAUAUGUUGGAAUGCGUCGAAAGUAUUAGAAAUAGGCUGGUCAAGCGCUUUAUAGCUGAUGCUGCUCUCAAGAUGUAUGUAUGCUUAUGUGUUGUAGAGUUAAUAGGCGUCAGUCACAAAAUCUUCGAUAUGAAAUAAAUCAUAUUAUUCUCACAUGCAUCAAUACUUCCAGUAUACCCUAAACUUCCUCAGAAAUAAAACUCCAUAAGAAAUCAUUAUUCCAGAAGUUCAUUUAAAUUAAUUAUAUUCUGUCUUGGAAUCAUGAAAAACUAUGUUGCCAAGGAACCUCUAUUCUUCAGUUUAUCAGAGUUUAAAAAGAAUAUAAACAGGUAUAAUUGCCAUUAAAUACACCCUGCUUAUAAUGCUACCCAUAAAUAACCCAAUCGAUUGCACAAACUGGAUAUUUAAUAUGUUUUUUUUUUUUUUACAUUUGUCCCAUCCGUUUGUUAAAAUACUUAAGCCUUAAUAAGUAAAUUGUAACUAAGGCUUAAAUAUUAGUGUAAAAAAAAUAUACCUAAUGAGAAUGUUAAACAUUAAAGCUAUAAAAUUGUGUUGCUUUCAAUACAAAACGAAAUAUGUUAAAUAUAAAA